AUGGAUACGUCUCAGUUUGUUGGGAAGGAUAGUCAGCAAAUAUACGAAGAGCUGUUUAAGAAGACAGCAGAGCAAGAAAGAAGGUAUAACGAAAUAGAAAGCAAAAUCAAUAAUGAAAUAAUCCGGCUUCUGAUUAUUGAGCAGGAGGCGAUUGAAAAGGACAAGCAGACAUUAAAAGAGGAGAUCGAGCAGCUGGAGCAGGAGAAAGAGGCAAGACAAGAGGCAGAGAAUGAAGUGCAAGUAAAAAAGAAAGAGACUGAAGAAAAAGAAAAGCAGCUCAAAGAAACAUUAAAAACAAAGAAAGAAAUGGAAAAGCAGCUAAAAGAGCUGCAGGGCGCAUUGGAGUCUUUUAAGGUUCGGGCUGAUCAGGAAAUAGAAGAAAGCCAAAAGCGAAAAGAAGAGAUAGAAAAUAUCAAAAUAAAGGAGAAACAGCUAAUUUUUGAUCUAAAAGAGAAAGAAAAGGCAGUUUCCCAAAAAGAAAAUGAGCUAAAAAAGGAAAUUGAUAGUAAAAACAAAGAAAUAGAAAGGGCAGAACUACUUUCUAAGGAAAUAGCAGCAGUGCAGGCCGAGUUAUCCAAAAGAGAAAAGAAAAUUGAAGAGAAAGAGCAGGAAAUAGCACAGUUUGAACAGGCUUUGAAAGAAGUAAAAAGGCUAAAAGAUCAGAAGGAAGAAGAGACAUAUGAGAAAGAAAGAGAUUUAAAGAGAAAGGUUUUAGAGCUAGAAGAAAGGAUAAAAACCACUCCAGAGUGCACAGCAUCAAUUAAUGAAGAGAUAAACCGGCUAAAAAUUGAAAGUGAAAUAAGUAAAGCAAAGGUGGAGGAAAAAAACAAAACAAUAGAAAUAUUGCAGAAUACUAUUCAAAGACUCGAGUCUUUAUUUUCUAAACAGAUGGAAUAUACAAUGAUAACUCUACCCAAAGCAGGAUCCCCUGCGCAGAUAGAGCAGAGUAAACGUACAGAUACUUCUGCCAGCAUAAGAACUCUUCUAAAGGAAACAAAACCUGCAAUAAGCCAACCCGAUAUAAUGCCAGAGAAGCCGGCUGUAAUCAAUACGCAAGCAAAUGAAACUGCACAAAAUGAUGAAGAAAGCUAUGAGAAUGCGCGAAUAAAUGAGAAUGCACCUAAGAGGGAAGUUGUUAAGAAGGAUAAAACACCGGCGGUUAAAAGGGCAACAAAAAAAUCCGAUGCUUUACAAGCAGCACCAAAAGAUAAAGCGCCUGCACCUGCUAAGCAGUCCGGUAAAAGAAAGAGCAAGGGAGAACUGGUUGAUAUCAAGAAAGAAAUGGCAAAGCAGGCGCAAGCAAAAGAGACCAAAAAACUUAAAGAAUCAUCAGACUCAGAGAGCGACUCAAAGGACAGAAAGGACUUUAGCACUCUUUUUGCAAAGAAAAAGACAAAGAGCGUAUUCACUGCCCGGCCUGAGGCUUCUUCUUUCUUUGCAAAUCUAUCAUUUUCAGACUACGAACCAGAUACAUCAGAAAGGUAGAAAUAAUCCUAAUAGUACAUUUCGAGGGAAAACAAUAGGAAUCACAUGUAAUAGAAAUAAUAACA